AUGAGUGGGGACUGGGUGCAUACAGGCCAGGCCCUAAUCUGGGUCGUUUGGAUCUUUGCAGCCAUCAUCAGGGGGUCUAUGACUGAAGAGCCACAUAGGUAUACCAGGCUGGGAUGGGUGCAGGGGAAGCAAGCCACCGUGCUGGGAAGACUUGAACCUGUGAACGUGUUUCUUGGGAUCCCCUUUGCUGCACCUCCUCUCGGACCUCUGCGGUUUUCCAAUCCACAGCCUCCGAUCCCAUGGCACGAUUUGCGAGAAGCCACUACCUAUCCCAAUGUGUGCUUUCAGAACUUAGAGUGGUUCUUCAUAUAUCAAAAACUGCUCAAAGUACAUUACCCUAAACUUGGAGUGUCAGAGGACUGUCUGUACCUCAACAUUUAUGCACCGGCCUACGCCAAUGAUGGCUCCCGUCUCCCGGUCAUGAUGUGGAUACCUGGAGGUGGCUUUGAGACGGGCUCGGCCUCCAUCUUCGAUGGGUCUGCCCUGGCUGCCUACGAGGACGUGUUGAUUGUGACCAUCCAGUACCGCCUAGGAAUAUUUGGAUUCUUCAACACACAGAACCAGCAUGCCCCUGGGAACUGGGCCUUCCAGGAUCAAUUGGCUGCUUUGCAAUGGGUUAGGGAGAACAUCAACUACUUCGGUGGAAACCCUGACUCUGUGACCAUCUUUGGUGGCUCGGCAGGAGCCAUAAGCAUUUCUAGCCUCAUUCUGUCUCCUUUGAGCGCGGGGUUAUUCCACAGAGCCAUCAUGCAGAGCGGAGUGGCCAUCAUCCCCAGCCUGAAGAAUUUUGAUAAUGAACUGAAACAUGGUUUGCAGGUGGUUGCGGACGUCUGUAACUGCAACGUAUCAGACUCCAAGGUUUUGCUGAAGUGCCUGAGGGAAAAGUCUUCUCUCGAGUUGCUGAGCCUUGGCCAGAAAACAAAGGCAUUCACUCGAGUGGUUGAUGGUUCUUUCUUUCCUGACGAACCGAUGGAACUGUUGUCUCAAAAGACAUUUAAAACAGUUCCUUCUAUCAUUGGAGUCAAUAACCAGGAGUGUGGCUACAUGCUGCCCAUGAGGGAAGCGCCUGACAUUCUUCUUGGCUCCAAUGAGUCUACUGCUCUCACCUUGAUACAUGUUUUGCUGCAUGUUCCCCCCCAGUAUAUGCACGUUGUGGCAAAAGAGUACUUCCACGGCAAGCAUUCUCUGACUGACAUCCGAGACACUUUACUGGAUUUGUUUGGAGAUGUGUUCUUUGUGGUUCCUGGGCUGCUCACAGCUCGAAAUCACAGAGAUGCUGGUGGACCUGUCUAUUUUUAUGAGUUUCAGCACCGACCCAACUGCUUUCAGAACACAAGGCCAGCUUUCGUGAAGGCUGACCACACGGAUGAAAUCCGCUUUGUCUUUGGAGGCCCAUUCCUGGAGGGUGACGUGGUCAUGUUUGAGGAAGCCACUGAGGAUGAGAAGUUGCUAAGCAGGAAGAUGAUGAGCUACUGGGCUAACUUUGCCAGGAGUGGGGAUCCUAACGGGGAUGACCUGCCUCUGUGGCCAGCCUACGAUCAGAAUGAAUCGUACCUGAAGCUGGAUGUGAACAUCAGCACUGGAUGGAGACUGAAAGAUCGGAGAGUGGAAUUUUGGACAGACACCCUGCCCCUGAUCACGUCUGCUUCCAAAGCGCUACUCAGUCCCACUUUCCCCUUAAUCCUCUUUUUGCUGCUGCCGCCGUCUCUUCUCUCCAUUGCUUCUUAGAAGCCAUGAUUGUUUGCUUCUGAUUUUCUUCUAAGUUUCUCCCUCAGCCAUUAUCCCCAUUCCCAGCUGAGCUGCUUUCCUGGAGACUUCUGUGUGCUAAUCUGCUUUCACUGAUGUUUUAUGGGCUUAGGGAUCAACCUCAUAAAAUUCUUUUCAACAUCAAAAAAAUUCAAUUUGUCUUGGAAGGUAAUGAAAUUUUCUCAAUGAGUCUGGAGGAGGGUUGGUCCAUUACUUGUCAUAUAAUGAACCCAUUACUCAUAUAAAAUAAAAUCAGAGUGCAAAAUGUA